UUUAUCAUUUCCAGUCGUCAGUUUUGGAGUCAUCGACAUCAGCAAUGACGUCACCAGCCAACGAUUUCGGGAUAAAAGUGGAAGCUAUAGCAGAUCGCGCAUUUCUCCUGGGCGAAGGCCCUCAUUGGGACGAACGCGUACUGGCUCUGUACUUCGUCAGUAUUAAUGAGAGGACUAUACACAAAUAUGAUCCGGCUAAGGAGAGCCUUACUAGCGCUACUCUAGAGGGUCGUCCAGGCUUCAUAGUACCCUUGGAGGACCACUUGGACCACUUCGUAGUGGGCUUGGAGCGCGAUUUCGUAGUCAUCCAGUGGGACGGCGCCGGCGCUGCGAGGGUGGUGAGGAGACUUGGGGAGGUGGACCAACAGUCUCCUAGGAACAGGCUGAACGAUGGGAAGGCGGAUCCUAGGGGGCGUCUUUAUGCAGGCACAAUGGGCCACCAAGACGAGAAAUUCAACCUAGACAAAAACGCAGGCACUUUAUUCCGCUUGGACUCUCACGGCCUCGCCCCUCUCUGCGACAAGGUCUCCAUCUCCAACGGCCUCGCCUGGGACCCGGAAUCUAAGGCCAUGUAUUAUAUAGACUCGCCAGAACGGAAGAUAAGAAGAUACGACUAUGAUUUCGAAACUGGGGACAUUUCCAAUCUCCAGUACAUCUUCGACUUUGAGACGAACGAGUUAGAAGGAGCCCCGGACGGUUGCACCAUCGACACAAACGGCAACCUGUGGGUGGCGGUGUUCGGCGGCGGCUGUGUCCUGCACAUAUCCCCUGAGGGCGAGUUGUUGCAACGAGUGGAAGUUCCCGCUAAACAGGUCACCUCAUGUACUUUCGGAGGCGCCAAACUCGACACACUUUACGUAACCACGGCGCGCCUCAACAUCUCCGGAGAACAGAAACAUCCCAGUGGAUGCACUUUCAAAAUAACUGGGCUCGGAGUGACGGGUCUGCCUAACGACAGGUUCAAUGAUACACUAUAAGGUUGUCAAGGAUAUCACUUAUAACUUAUUUGCGAUUAAUCCAUCGAUUGUAUCCAGAACUUCGAUCUUCGAU